CCCCCCUUCCCCCCCUCCUCCCCCGCGAAACCACCGCCCCUCUGCCUGGUCGCCAGCCUCUCCCUCGACUCUUCUCCACCCCUCGUGUUCUCCGCCCUGCUCGCCGCCAGCCCGUCCCCUCCCGCUCCAUCCGGGUCGCUGACGGCUGUCUCUCGGGUCCGGCGAGUGCUGGCGGCAGCUUUUCUCUGAGGAGCCUGGGAAAGUUUCACGGGGUGGGGGUGGGCGGAAAAGCCGGGCAGCAGAGGCAGCGGAGCUGCGGCCGGGACGCCGGAGGAACCGUGGGGAUCGCCGCGGCCGGUUGAAGGAGGGAGGUCUCGGGAGCUGGAGAGCCGCCCAGAGGUCCAGGGAGCGUCCGUCCUCCAUCGCCUAGGGCUCUGCCUGCCCUGUGAGACCGGAUAAGGACUUCAGUUUUCUGUUGAUGUGGAGACAUAGGGUACCUCCAAGUUUCCAGCGUUUCAGAAGGGACUCUUGUAUUGAAGCUGGAAGACCAACAUCAUUACAAGCAUGUUGUGCUGGGGGAAUGCAUCCUAUGGACAACUAGGUUUGGGUGGGAUUGAUGAAGAAAUUGUACUAGAGCCCAGGAAAAGUGACUUUUUCGUAAAUAAAAAGGUCCGAGAUGUAGGAUGUGGACUGAGACAUACUGUGUUUGUCCUGGAUGACGGAACUGUGUACACAUGUGGAUGUAAUGAUCUAGGACAGCUAGGUCAUGAGAAGUCCAGAAAGAAACCAGAGCAGGUUGUUGCCCUGGAUGCUCAAAAUAUCGUAGCUGUUUCAUGUGGAGAAGCUCAUACAUUAGCACUUAAUGACAAGGGCCAAGUGUAUGCUUGGGGUCUCGACUCUGAUGGACAGCUUGGCCUGCAAGGAUCAGAGGAAUGUAUCAGAGUGCCCAGAAAUAUUAAAAGUCUUUCAGAUAUCCAGAUAGUACAGGUUGCGUGUGGUUACUAUCAUUCACUUGCACUUUCUAAAGCAAGUGAAGUUUUCUGUUGGGGACAGAAUAAAUAUGGCCAGCUAGGUCUAGGCAUUGAAUGUCAAAAGCAAACGUCACCGCAGCUGAUUAAGUCUUUGCUUGGAAUACCAUUCAUGCAAGUCGCAGCAGGAGGAGCCCAUAGUUUUGUACUCACCCUUUCUGGAGCUAUCUUUGGAUGGGGACGUAACAAAUUUGGUCAGCUAGGUCUUAAUGAUGAAAAUGAUAGGUAUGUUCCUAAUUUACUAAAGUCACUAAGAUCUCAGAAAAUAGUUUAUAUUUGUUGCGGAGAAGAUCAUACUGCUGCAUUAACCAAGGAAGGUGGAGUGUUUACCUUUGGAGCUGGCGGGUACGGCCAGCUGGGUCAUAAUUCCACCAGUCAUGAAAUAAACCCCAGGAAAGUUUUUGAACUUAUGGGAAGCAUCGUUACUCAGGUUGCUUGUGGAAGGCAGCAUACCUCUGCAUUUGUUCCUUCUUCAGGACGAAUUUACUCCUUUGGUCUUGGUGGCAAUGGGCAGUUGGGAACUGGUACAACCAGCAACAGAAAAAGCCCUUUCACUGUAAAAGGAAAUUGGUUUUCUUAUAAUGGACAGUGUCCCCAAGAUAUUGGUUCUGAAGACUAUUUCUGUGUCAAAAGAAUUUUCUCAGGUGGAGAUCAAAGCUUUUCACAUUACUCUAGUCCUCAGAGCUGUGGACCUCCAGAUGACUUUAGAUGCUCUGACCCUUCAAAGCAGAUCUGGACGGUGAAUGAAGCUCUCAUUCAGAAAUGGCUCAGCUACCCCUCUGGAAGGUUCCCUGUGGAGAUAGCCAAUGAGAUAGAUGGAACAUUUUCUUCAUCUGGUUGCCUAAAUGGAAGUUUCUUGGCUGUUAGCAAUGAUGAUCACUAUAGAACAGGUACCAGAUUUUCAGGGGUUGAUAUGAAUGCUGCUAGACUCCUAUUCCACAAACUUAUACAGCCUGAGCAUCCUCAGAUAUCUCAGCAGGUGGCAGCUAGUUUGGAAAAGAAUCUAAUCCCUAAACUGACUAGUUCCUUACCUGAUGUUGAAGCUCUGAGGUUUUAUCUUACCCUGCCAGAGUGCCCCCUGAUGAGUGACUGCAACAAUUUCACAACAAUAGCAAUCCCCUUUGGUACAGCUCUUGUGAACCUAGAAAAAGCACCACUGAAAGUACUUGAAAACUGGUGGUCAGUACUUGAACCUCCACUAUUCCUCAAGAUAGUAGAACUUUUUAAGGAAGUUGUGGUACAUCUUUUGAAACUCUACAAGAUCGGCAUUCCCCCUUCUGAAAGAAGAAUUUUCAACAGUUUUCUUCAUACCGCAUUAAAGGUUUUAGAAAUAUUACAUAGGAUCAAUAUGCUAUUGGCCUUUUUCUUUGAGGAGGAGGUAAAUGAGAAAACAGGACAACUUAUUCAAUACGAUAAGUUUUACAUACAUGAAGUGCAGGAGCUGAUAGACAUAAGGAAUGACUAUAUCAACUGGGUGCAGCAGCAAGCCUAUGGAGUGGAUGUCAGCCAUGGAGUAACUGAGUUGGCAGAUAUCCCCGUGACAAUUUGUACAUACCCAUUUGUAUUUGAUGCCCAGGCAAAAACUACUCUGCUGCAGACGGACGCAGUCCUGCAGAUGCAGAUGGCCAUUGACCAGGCCCACAGGCAGAAUGUCUCCUCUCUCUUUCUCCCAGUGAUCGAGUCUGUGAAUCCUUGCUUAAUUCUAGUUGUUCGCAGGGAGAAUAUUGUAGGAGAUGCGAUGGAAGUCCUCAGGAAAACCAAGAAUAUAGAUUAUAAAAAGCCACUCAAGGUUAUAUUUGUUGGAGAAGAUGCUGUUGAUGCAGGAGGUGUACGCAAAGAAUUUUUCUUGCUCAUCAUGAGGGAAUUGUUGGAUCCUAAAUAUGGCAUGUUUCGAUAUUACGAAGAUUCCAGGCUCAUUUGGUUUUCAGAUAAGACAUUUGAAGACAGCGAUUUGUUCCACUUAAUUGGUGUUAUCUGUGGAUUAGCAAUUUAUAAUUUUACUAUUGUGGACCUCCAUUUUCCUUUGGCUUUAUAUAAGAAACUACUGAAAAGGAAGCCAUCCCUGGAUGAUCUGAAAGAGCUGAUGCCAGAUGUCGGGAGAAGCAUGCAGCAAUUGCUGGACUACCCAGAAGACAAUAUUGAGGAAACAUUUUGUCUAAACUUUACGAUCACAGUUGAAAACUUCGGUGCAACAGAAGUGAAAGAGCUGGUUCUGAAUGGUGCAGACACACCUGUUAACAAACAGAAUCGGCAGGAGUUUGUUGAUGCCUAUGUGGAUUAUAUAUUCAAUAAAUCAGUGGCAUCUUUAUUUGAUGCUUUCCAUACGGGCUUUCAUAAGGUCUGUGGAGGAAAGGUUCUUCUGCUCUUCCAACCUAAUGAAUUACAAGCUAUGGUUAUUGGGAAUACAAAUUAUGAUUGGAAAGAACUGGAGAAGAAUACAGAAUACAAAGGAGAGUAUUGGGCAGAACAUCCCACGAUAAAAAUUUUUUGGGAAGUGUUUCAUGAAUUACCACUAGAAAAGAAGCAACAGUUUCUAUUAUUUUUGACAGGUAGUGAUCGAAUUCCCAUUCUUGGUAUGAAGAGUCUGAAACUAGUCAUCCAGUCAACAGGAGGUGGUGAGAACUAUCUCCCGGUUUCCCAUACCUGUUUUAAUCUUCUAGAUCUCCCAAAAUAUACAGAGAAAGAAACCCUACGAUGUAAGCUGAUCCAAGCUAUUGAUCACAAUGAAGGCUUCAGUUUAAUAUGACCUUGGAGUUCUGACUUUUCUGUUUAGUGCAAAGGCAUCAAACCACUCGUGUUUUUCUUGUGAAUUCAGCACAGUGAGAGUUACUUCUGUACUUCUUACUUACAAAUUGUCCACUACUGUACUGAUGAAAGCCAAAAAUUAAAAACCGAACAUUAAUACUAAACUGUACAGAACCAUGAAUUGUCCCAUCCUCAAACAUACAAGUAUUGUGAAUACAUUAAAGUUUUACUCACAAGAAUUUUAAGAGUUUGCAUAUUUCAGAAAUGACCUGAUGUGUGAGUGCAUGGAAAUGUUGCUCAAUGUUUCUUCAAUCACUGGGGAAAGAAGACGAUGGCCUGCGAUAGUCAUUUGAUUAUUUUUCCAUUUUGUAAAUAAAAGUUUUGUAAUAAAAUAGUGAUAUUGAUACCAGUAGUUUCUAUGGUUGUAAUUGAACUGAGUUUUAAGGGUUAAAAAUCUGUAAAAGAAGGGUGAAAAUAAUCUUUUUGCUAUAAUAAAUGUCCAUGCAUACCUAAA